GGAGUAAUGAGAUUAUGGGAGGAAUGGUUGACAUUGUUGACAUAAAGACACAAACACACCGCAGCCACACCAAAAAAUUAUGGUGUGACCGGUGCGACACCUGGAGCGCACCCGAAGUACUUUCUGAACGGAACAGAGUGCGCUCACUCGGUGUACUCAUAGCAUUUAUGAACGGCUAGUACGUCGCACCGGUGUCACACUCACACUGAGUGUGUAAUUCCUGAACUCGCCCCUGUAUCUUGCUGGAAGAUACCUACUGACACCUGUAAGUCUGUCAAAUCGAUCUGUCAAAUAAAUAUGUGAAUCCAACUGGAACAAAAUCAUUUCUUGAUGGAAAGAGAUACUCAAACAUGGACCAAAGUGUGGAUAUUUUAUUCUUGCUCAGUUUCUGAAAUUAUUGCGUUCGUUUUAAUUGGCUUCGGAGGCUGGUACCUGGUGAAUCUUCCUUACGACGAAGUGAAUCUCUAUUGGACAAUAAAAAUUGCGUCUAUCAUGAAUAUAGUAAUUGGAUUAGUAACGAUUGUAGUUAGUAGUGUGGGAUGUUUCAGUACUAUCGUGAAAAGUAAACUCGUGUAUAAAACUUUUGCUGCCCUCGUGAUGGUAAAUGGCCUGCUAAUGAUGGGCUUUGGAAUUUACCUUGUGGUUACAUCGGCCAAAAAAUAUGACCGAAAGUUGAAAAUGGAUCUAGAGAAAAUGCUAAUAAUGAAAUUCAGAGGAUAUUUCCACAACUGGGAAGAUAGCAAUUAUGUAGACAAUUUUCAGACGUACUAUAAAUGUUGUGGUCUGUAUAAGCCAGAUUAUUGGCAGGUAGCACCUCCACGUAGUUGUUAUAGGUCCGGGUCGCUUCAUAAAAAAGGAUGUGUUGAAGCUUUCAGUACCAUUUCUCCUGUCAUGUUAGCCCUGGGUAUUGUACUGAUAGUUUUCGCAAUAUCUGAUAUUGCUCUAGCUAUACUGGUUGUCUAUUUUGCCAAAAAUGUUCGACAGGACGCGCAGAACUAUCCUUACUUUAACAACCCUGAACAAGAAGUACAACCAACUGAUAUUAGUUAUCCGAGGGGGCAGUAUAACAUCCCAUCAACUUAUCGAACUCAUCAAUAAAAAAU